CUCAUUCAUAUUUGACCCUGCCAGGCAAAAUUGAAUCGGUUUAUUUUUCUAAAGAUUUUAGUUUAUAUAACGAUUAAUGGUGGACAUGAUUUAAACGUGUAUGUAAUUAAACUGCUGCAAGUGUUAAUGAAAAAGAAAAUUACAAUAGUACCAAGUAUUCCAAUACUGAACAUUAAAGAUAUAAUUGGUAUUCCUGACACGAUAAAUUGAGGUUAUUCAGCAGCAAAGGAAGGAAUGAGUGGAAACUAAACAAUGAAUUUUGAUGAAAAUUGUCAAAAUUACGGCGACAAGAAAUACAUAAGAUUCAAACCUGCAGAAUCGUUUGAUGGGCAAAGAAAUAAAAUUGACGAUGUGAAGAGUCAGUUAAACGUUGGGAAACAUGAGGAGAAGAGGCAAGGUGUGUCCCUGACUAAAUUUCUACGAACAGAGUUAACCAGAGGAUAUCAAUUAGAAUAUGACGAAGAGAGAUUCUCUGCAAGGAGGGAGAAGAUUUAUUCUUUUAUCAAAAUUCCAAGAGAAUUGGAAAAGUUCAUGAUUUAUGGCUUCCUACAAUGUGCAGACUCCUUUCUCUUUGUUUAUACAUUUUUACCAUUAAGAUUCAUUAUGGCAUUAUGGGCAAUAGUUACAAGAUAUCUCUGGCACUGUUUAGGAAAGAGGGAAACCUUAAAAAUCGGAGAGAGGCACUUGAGACCAGCAGAGAUCUGUGAUCUCUUGAAGGGAAUUUUAGUGAUCAGUUGUUGGGCAGCCACGUGGAAGGUUGAUACUUCUAUGAUGUACCACUUGGUAAAGAGCCAAUCUGUAAUAAAACUGUACAUAUUUUAUAACAUGCUGGAAGUUGGCGACAGACUGUUCAGUGCUUUUGGUCAAGACACUAUAGAUGCCCUUUUGUGGACUGCAACAGAACCUAGAUCCAAGACACAAGCAGGAUCUCAGAAUUUGGGUACCUUGCCACAUUUGCUGUUCGCUGUUGCUUAUGUUCUAUUGCACAGCAUAUUGGUACUUUUCCAAGCAACCACUUUGAACGUCGCGAUAAACAGUAGUAAUAAAGCUUUACUUACUAUAAUGAUGUCUAAUAACUUCGUUGAGUUGAAAGGCUCCGUCUUUAAGAAAUUCGACAAAAACAAUCUCUUUCAACUAUCAUGCGCGGACGUGAGGGAACGUUUCCACUUAAUGAUGCUUCUUCUGGCUGUAAAUCUGCAGACGAUGAAAGAGUACGCAUGGAAAGCUGAACGACUCGCAGUACUCUUGCCAGACUGUAUAAUCUUGUUGUUCGCUGAAAUGCUUGUAGACUGGGUGAAACAUGCGUUCAUAACUCGUUUCAACGAGCUUCGUUCCACAGUCUACACAGACUAUACUAUCAGUCUGGCGUACGACAUGGCCCAAACUCGCCAAGAAACCGCUUUCUCGGACCCCUCGGAUUUGGUCGCCCGCAGGAUGGGUUUCAUUCCUCUCCCCUUGGGUGUUGCAAUAGGAAAAGUGCUUUGCACCACCGUCACACCGCCAGUGAAGCCAGCGAACAUAAUUUUGUUGCUUCUAGCAUACCUAAUUUUAGUAGCGUUAAGAAUUCUAAAUAGCGUGGUGAUUCUUGGUACGGCGUGCGAUUUGAUUUCGUCGCAUUCCAAGGAUUCCGACGACAGGACAACAUCUUUGACUAAUAUCGACGAGAAAAAACCAAAUUUAGCCACUGCAAUGUUUUCCAAUAGCGCGAUUAGUUUGAAUAACGUUUGCUUGAACGAGACUAUUUUGAAAGAGGAGGUGCAAGGAGAUAAGGACCAAGUUAGCAAAGAAAUUUCCUAGUGAAAAUUAUUAUUUUUAUUGAUGAUAGUUACGAUUAUUUUGCAAUAAAAAUUCCUUUAUACAAAACGAACUUGUAUACAUGUAAGUUUGACUACUCGAAAUGUGUAGUAAUAAGUAUCCAGUAUUUGUUAGGAUUACUAUUGUAAAAUACUUUUGUUGACAGAAUUUAGAAAAUUAUUGUUUCAAGUGCAGAACGUUUUAUAUAUUAAUUAACAGUUGUAAUAUUGUUCUCUUAUGGUAAGGCAGCAGUACAAAUUUUAUUAUUUUAUUUUUUCUAAGACUCCACACAUUCAGUAUGGAGAAUUUGUACAUUGUUAUUGCAUUGUUAUACCGAUAAGGAGGAAACGGUGAGGAUACUAAUUGACUAGUCUCAGUAGAGGAGAAUCAAAAACUUGAAUUCAGUUAAUCAGCAAGUACACGAAGGAUCGAUAAAGAUAUUUCUUUACGAUACUUUCUGGUUUCUUGAAAUGUUAACGAUCAAUCUUUUUGUUACUACAAUAUUCUCCUAAUAUGCUGUAUUAUAUGCGUAUCGAAAGUAUUUUUAUACGCACAUUGGCCCCAUGGGAUAUUUUUAAACGCAACGAAUGGUUAUAGUUCGAUACCUUUGAAUCAGUGACAAAUAAGUAUAAAUAACAUAUGUAUUUAUGUUUAUUCGAUGGAAAGACAAAUAAAAA